UGGACAGUGUCAACGGUGCCGCAGCCUCGUUCGCCGACUGGAUCUGCGCAACCGCGCAAAUGUGCCUAACCAUAAAACCCAACAGAAUUCUCCACAGGUUUCAACGUCUAGCCGGGUUCAACCCUCAUUUGCCCCAAGUUUGUCAACUCGCCAAAAUGCCAUAUGAUGACGGCGUAGACAGUGGCUUGGGUUCCACUCCAGUUGACUAUCUCAAAGCACCCGACGAGCUUCCCGACAGGUGGUUAGCCGCAGAUAGGGGUGAGGAUGACUCCAAUCAGGGUUAUCAACAUGCAAAACUUAGUCAUACUAUCGAUGGCGACCUUCCAUUUCAGACAAAUCCGUCUUGCGACGAGUCUUCGCGACCUAAUACGCCAAUAUGGAAAGAAACCAGCAAAGCACAUGACACUCCCCCCACCCCUUCCAAGCCAGAAGCGCCGUUCAGUACACAUUUCUGAUACAUCCUUAACCAGUGCUUUGGGAAGCUUAUCGUUAGACAAUGGUGCCAAACGCGAAGGAAUGGGCGGGCAGAUGUCCGCAGACGGCAUCGCCAUCACAAAGAGGGAGGUCGCGAUUACUCACUUGAUGACAUGGUCGACGAAUUGGCUAAACCACAAGUUUGAGGGGUGGGCUCACCAAAAGGCUCACGACUCUUCGAAGCAUCAAACCUCAGUCAAGCCAGGAGCUCUGCAGUCUCAGAUUACAGCCGAGGCCCGCAGGGGUCAGAAGCAUCCAAGAAACCAGUCGGAUAAUGAGAUGAGCGACGAGGAUGGCGAUGACCCACCACAGAAGGGCCGGAAACUCAGUAAAGUUGGACAGGGCCCAGCCCCGAGAUACGCAUGCCCGUUCUCUAAAUACAACCCGACGAAAUACCAGACCGCCGAAUGGAGCCUUUGUUGUUGGCCAGGGUGGACUUCUGUCCACCGAGUGAAAGAGCAUCUCUAUCGAAAUCACUUAUUGCCCAAGUUUCAGUGCUCUCGUUGCAGACGGGUCCUGGAGUCUGCAGGUGAUCUUACCGCUCAUUUAAGAGAAACCGUCAUCUGCGACAUCGUGCUCCAAGAGCCCCAGGAUGGCAUCAGUGAAGAACAAGAAAAGUCUCUACGCGCAAGGGAGAAGAAUAGGGGUCGAGCUUCAGCAAGGUGGAGAAAGGUCUAUGAGAUCUUGUUCCCUGGAGAAUGCCCAAUCCCCUCGCCGUUCGUGGACUUUGGCCCGAUCAAUCCCGAAAUUAAAGCGCAAACAGACGAUUUCUUCAGACAAUUUGAGGCGUGUGCGAGGGAACAGUUCCCCAGGGUUCUUCACCCUGUGCUCGACAACAUGAUUGGUCGCAUUCAUCAAUCGAGCAUUAGUCGCGAAGAAAUCCUGGAGGCGGUCGAAGGUUCCAUUAUGCUCAUAAUGGAGAACUUUCGGCUCCUCGAUAGAUCACGAUUCCACCAGGAUCAACCCUUGAUUGUUCCUCCGGUCGAGGAUGGAGUCGCUCUCAGUAUUGACGAAUAUGCGUUGUUUUCAGAUUUACUCACCGAACAGCCCGGCAGUCCGUAUUUAGAUGUUGGUCAAUUGAUGGAAAAUUUAGGCAAUGGUAAUGAGCCAGACUCUGGGUAUGUAUCGAGGGAAACAGAGGUUGGGUCGGCAUCACAGGAUCCUGAGAGUUCCUAAGAAGGAACAUUUUACGGUCAUCAUGGAAGAUUGCAAAAGCCGGAGGACUAUUGCGCUAUAAGUUGAUAGCAUUGUGCGUCCAUGUCAUA